AACUUAAUGGGGCGGAGCUAGAGUUCAGUACCCAAUAUAAGGAGAGCAGAGGCGGGAGGGCUUGGCAUCCCGGUCGCUAGGGAAACGGACGCGGCGGCAGCAGCAGGCAAGGAGCGAUGCCCGGCGCGGAAGAGCCAGCUGCGCUGGUGGAGACUGGGGAUGAGGAGCCCGGCGACCCGAGGCUGCGGCUCCUGGGGGCUUUCGUGACUCGGAGUCUGCGUCCAGUCGCCGGUGCCUGGGAGCGCUGCUCGGGCACAGCCGAGGUGGAGCGGCUGCUGCAAGCCUUCCUGGAUCACGGUGCAGCCGCGGAGCCGCGGCCGCUGCUGGUGGUGCAGCCUGGGCCUGGGGGCCUGGUGGUACGACCCUGCCUGGACGCAGGACCGGAGACCGGCCCGGCUCGCACCAAGGGGCUUUUUUUCUUGCGCACCAGGCCAGAGCCUCCAGGAAGUCACAGCCUCCGCGGCGCGGUGCUCUGCGGAGACCUGCCCGCGUUACCUCUGGAGCACCUAGCCCCGCUGCUCUCCGAGGUCAUUAUCCCUGUCCUAGCCAAUGAAAAGAACCAUCUAGACUGGCCCCACUUGGUGUGUCAAGACAUCAGGCAUCAUGCCCACUCCCUGCAGUGUGACCUCCUGGUAAUCCUUGAGCACGUGAAGGGGAGAACCUUGCUGCCUCUUCCAGUUGGCUCAGAAAAAGUAGAGUUCGUGGAUGGCCACAGCGAGCCAGUCUUGGAUUCCGUAGACAAGUCAAUUGUCUAUGCCGUUGAGUCUGCUGUGAUCAAAUGGAGCCACCAAGUUCAGGUGGUCCUCAAGAAAGCAUCUUCUCAGCCACUCUUACAAGGGGAAAAUCCCACCCCCAAGGUGGAACUGGAGUUCUGGAAGAGCAGGUGUGAGGACCUGGAACACAUUUAUAAUCAACUGAUGACACUCAAGGUGAGGGGCAUGGCUGGACUCCUGGACAAACUUCAGAGCAGCUACUUGCCGGCUUUCCGAGCCAUGUUCAGAGACGUUGAAGCAGCCCUGACAGAGGCCCAGGACAUCCAUGUGCACCUGUUACCACUCCAGCGACACCUGGACAUCCUAGAAAGCGUGGAGUUUCCUGAGGUGAAGGGCAGGCUGAGGCCUCUGCUCCAUGUGGUCUGUCUGAUUUGGGCCACCUGCAGGUGGUACCGCUCCCCAGGGAGGCUCACAGUCCUGCUCCAGGAAAUCUGCAACCUCCUCAUCCAGCAGGCCUCUAAUUACCUCAGCCCAGAAGACCUCCUGAGAAGUGAGAUAGAAGAAAGCCAGAGAAAACUACAAGUGGUCUCAGACACCUUAAACUUCUUCAAAUGGGCAUUUCAGGACAGAAGGGAACAUCUCCACACUUACUUCAAGGAGGACUCAGAAGUCAGGGGAUGGGAUUUCCAGGUGUCUUUGGUCUUUGUACGACUGGAUAGCUUUCUGGGCCGACUGUGUGUGGUAGAGGGUCUUCUGAAGACAGCCUUGGAUUUCGUCAAGCUGGAAAAGCUUGAGUUCAGUGGCAUCAGAGGAAACGCCCUGAGUCAGCAAGUUCAGCAAAUGCACGAGGAGUUCGAGGAGAUGUACAAGGUCUUCUUGGAGUGCUCCAAUGACUGCCUGGACCCCCAGAACAGGGAAUUUGAAAAGGAUGUCAGCAAAUUUAACCAGAGAGUGGAAGAUCUUGACCGGAGACUGGGGACUAUCUUCAUUCAAGCUUUUGACGACACACCUGAUGUGGAGCAUGCCUUUAAGCUGUUAGACAUCGCAGGAACCCUCCUUGAAAGACCCCUGGUAGCACGGGAUAUGUCACACAAAUACCUGGCCCUCAUCCGAAUGUUCAGCAGAGACCUGGAUGCUGUGAGGCUCAUCUACAGUCAUCACAUCCAGGAGGAGGCAGAGCAUGGAUUCUCUCCUGUGCACAAGAACAUGCCCACCAUGGCCGGGGGUAUCCGCUGGGCGCAGGAGCUGAGGCAACGCAUCAAGGCUCCCUUCAGCAACUUCACACACAUCACACAUCCGUGCUUGCAAUCGGUUGAAGGAAAGCAAAUGAUACAAAAAUACGAAGAUUUGCUCUCACUGUUAGAAAAGUAUGAGAGAAGACUUUAUGAGGACUGGUGUCAGACGGUAUCUGAGAAGUCACAGUACAAUCUCUCCCUACCACUUCUGCAUCGUGACCCCAACACAAAACAACUCUCUGUCAACUUUAGCCCACAGCUGAUUUCAGUGUUGAAAGAAAUGAGCUAUCUUCAGCCCACUGAGGUGAAACGUAUUCCCGAGACAGCGGCAACCAUGUUCUCCUCCAGGGAAUUCUAUCAGCAGCUUGUGGCCAACUUGGAGAUGAUGGCAAAUUGGUACAACAAGGUUAUGAAAACUCUGCUUGAGGUGGAAUUUCCACUCGUAGAGGAAGAACUGCAAAAUAUUGAUCUCCACCUGAGAGCUGCAGAGGGGACACUGAGCUGGAAAACAGAAGGCAUUUGGGAUUAUGUCAUGCAAAUGACCAAUAGCAUUCGUGACCUGGAACAAAGAAUUCAGAAGACAAAAGACAACGUGGAAGAGAUUCAGACCCUCAUGAAAACAUGGGUGUCACCAAUAUUUAAGAGAAAAGAUGGGAAAAAAGAAUGCCCCCUUUCUCUGGAUGAUCAGCAGGAUCGCAUGGAAAAAUACUAUGGCCUCAUCAGGGAAUCUGGCCUUAAGAUUCACGCUCUUGUCCAGGAAAACCUGGUUCUGUUUGCAGCAGACCCAGCAUCUGGCAUCUGGAAGACUUACGUUAACUACAUUGAUUCCAUGUUGUUGGAUGGAUUCUUUCUGGCCAUCGAGUGCUCUCUCAAAUAUCUGCUGGAAAACACUGAGUGUAAGGCUGGAAUUACCCCAAUAUUUGAAGCACAGCUCAGCCUUGUCCCUCCAGAACUGAUUUUCCACCCAUCUCUGGACUCUGGAGUGAAGGGGGGCUUAUAUGACAUUGUUGAGAGUCUUCUCAGCAGCAUUUUUGCAAUACCAUCUCUGGUACCUCGGCUGUCCCCACACAGUGACUCUCCUCACUAUCAGGGUGACCUGGAGGACAUGGCUGACUUAGCCAGCCUACGGAGCACGGUCAUGGAGAGGGUGCAGAGUAUGAUGACCCUCUGCUGUGGCUAUCGGAAUACCUUCAGCCAGUAUUCUUACCUGUACGUGGAGGACAGGAAGGAGAUUCUUGGUCAGUUUCUGCUCUAUGGGCAUGUCCUCACACCUGAGGAGAUAGAAGCCCACGCAGAAGAUGGCAUCCCAGAGAAUCCACCCCUCCUCCAUCACUUUAAAGUUCAGAUAGACUCCUAUGAAAAGCUCUACGAAGAGGUGGUCAGCCUGGAGCCCACCAAAGUGUUUGACGGCUGGAUGCAGGUUGAUGUGCGACCCUUCAAGGCAUCUCUGUUGAACACAAUAAAGAAGUGGAGCCUCACGUUCAAGCAGCAUCUUGUGGACUAUGUCACUAACAGCCUGGCUGACCUUGACAUAUUCAUAAAGAGCACAGAGAGGGGUUUGCUCAAGAAAGUGGAGAAAGGAGAUCUCCAAGGGUUGGUUGAGAUCCUGGGGCACCUUGUCACCCUUAAAGAACGACAGAGCAGCACCGAUGACAUGUUUGAGCCCCUGAAGCAAACGAUUGAACUGCUGAAGUCCUACGAACAACAGCUACCGGAAGCCGUGUUUAAGCAACUGGAGGAACUUCCCGAGAAGUGGAAGAACAUGAAGAAGGUGGCCAUUACUGUGAGGCAGCAGGUGGUCCCGCUGCAGGCAAAUGAAGUGGCCCUCCUCCGCCAGCGGUGCACGGCCUUUGAUACCCAGCAACAGCAAUUCCAGGAGAGGUUCCGCAAGGAAGCCCCCUUCAGGUUUGAUAGUGUCAGCCCAUAUCAAAUGCUGGAUGUCUGGCACACAGAGAUCCAGCACAUGGAAUCUACCAUGGCCACCAUCUCCAAGUCAGCGGAUUUGUUUGAGGUCAAUGUUCCUGACUAUAAACAUUUGAGGCAGUGCAGGAAGGAGGCCUGCCAUCUUAAGGAGCUCUGGGACACCAUCAGAAUGGUGACCUCCAGUAUCCAUGCCUGGGAGGCCACCAGCUGGAGGAAUAUCAGUGUGGAAGCCAUGGACUUGGAGUGCAAGCAAUUCACCCGGCACAUCCGGAACCUAGAUAAGGAGCUCAGAGCCUGGGAUGCAUUCAAAGGCCUGGAAAGUACAGUGUUGAAUACUCUGACCUCCCUGAGGGCCGUAGCCGAGCUGCAGAAUCCUGCCAUCCGGGAGCGGCACUGGAGGCAGCUGAUGCAGGCCACAGGUGUGAGUUUCACCAUGGAUCAGGACACCACCCUAGCUCACCUCCUGCAGCUCCAGCUUCACCACUUCGAGGAUGAGGUCCGGGGUAUUGUGGACAGAGCUGUGAAAGAGAUGGGUAUGGAGAAGACCUUAAAGGAACUGCAGACCACCUGGGCCAGCAUGGAAUUCCAGUAUGAGCCCCACACACGAACACACAUACCCUUGCUGCAGUCAGACGAGGACCUCAUCGAGGUUCUGGAGGACAACCAAGUACAGCUUCAGAACCUGAUGAUGUCCAAGCACAUUGCUUUCUUCCUAGAAGAAGUGUCAAGUUGGCAGAAGAAGCUGUCCACGGCUGACUCAGUCAUCUCUAUCUGGUUUGAGGUCCAGCGGACCUGGUCUCACCUAGAGAGCAUAUUCAUUGGCUCUGAAGACAUCCGGUCUCAGCUACCACAGGACUCUAAGAGAUUUGAAGGCAUUGACUCUGACUUCAGAAAGCUGGCAGAUGAUGCUCAGAAAACCCCGAAUGUGGUGGAAGCCACGAAUAAGCCAGGUCUCUAUGACAAGCUGGAGGAUAUUCAGAGCAGGUUGUGCCUGUGUGAGAAAGCCCUAGCAGAGUACCUAGACACCAAGAGGCUUGCCUUCCCUCGGUUUUACUUCUUAUCCUCCUCUGACCUGCUAGACAUCCUUUCCAAUGGCACAGCCCCACAACAGGUUCAACGUCAUCUUUCCAAGCUCUUUGACAACAUGGCCAAAAUGCAGUUCCAGUUAGAUGCCAGUAAGAACCCAACCAAGACAAGCCUUGGCAUGUACAGCAAAGAAGAGGAAUAUGUGGCCUUCAGUGAGCCCUGUGACUGCAGUGGGCAGGUUGAGAUAUGGUUGAACCACGUGCUUCGUCACAUGAAAGCCACGGUGAGGCAUGAGAUGAUGGAAGGGGUAACCGCCUAUGAGGAGAAGCCCAGGGAACAGUGGCUGUUUGAUUACCCAGCUCAGGUAGCUCUGACCUGCACUCAGAUCUGGUGGACGACAGAGGUGGGCAUUGCGUUUGCCAGGAUGGAGGAAGGCUAUGAGAACGCCAUGAAGGACUACUACAAGAAGCAAGUGGCCCAACUCAAAACCCUUAUCACCAUGCUAAUUGGCCAGCUCUCCAAGGGGGACAGGCAGAAGAUCAUGACCAUAUGCACCAUUGAUGUGCAUGCCCGGGAUGUGGUAGCCAAGAUGAUUGCUCAAAAGGUUGACAAUGCCCAGGCUUUCCUCUGGCUGUCACAGCUGCGCCAUCGUUGGGAUGAUGAGGCCAAACACUGCUUUGCCAACAUCUGUGAUGCCCAGUUUCUAUAUUCCUAUGAGUACCUGGGAAAUACACCUCGCCUAGUGAUCACGCCUUUGACCGAUAGGUGCUACAUCACUCUCACUCAGUCCCUGCACUUGACCAUGAGUGGGGCUCCAGCGGGACCUGCAGGGACAGGCAAGACAGAGACCACCAAGGACCUGGGCCGAGCACUGGGCAUCAUGGUCUAUGUGUUUAACUGCUCGGAGCAGAUGGACUACAAGUCCUGUGGCAACAUCUACAAAGGCCUGGCUCAGACUGGCGCCUGGGGCUGUUUUGACGAGUUUAACCGAAUCUCUGUGGAGGUCUUGUCGGUGGUGGCUGUACAGGUGAAAAGCAUCCAGGAUGCCAUCAGAGACAGGAAGCAGAGGUUCAGCUUCCUUGGGGAGGAGAUUAGCCUGGAUCCUUCUGUGGGCAUCUUCAUCACCAUGAACCCUGGCUAUGCUGGCCGCACAGAACUGCCAGAGAACCUCAAGGCCCUCUUCAGGCCUUGCGCAAUGGUAGUUCCAGACUUUGAGCUGAUCUGUGAGAUUAUGCUGGUAGCAGAAGGAUUCAUUGAAGCCCGAUUGCUGGCCAGAAAGUUCAUCACCCUUUACCAGCUGUGCAAAGAACUUCUCUCCAAACAGGAUCACUAUGACUGGGGGCUGCGGGCCAUCAAGUCUGUCCUUGUGGUAGCAGGCUCCCUGAAACGAGGAGACCCGGACCGACCAGAGGACCAAGUCUUGAUGCGCUCCUUGAGAGAUUUCAACAUCCCCAAGAUUGUGACAGAUGACAUGCCGGUGUUCAUGGGUCUGAUUAGCGACCUCUUUCCUGCUCUGGACGUCCCCCGGAGGAGAGACCUGAACUUUGAAGCUGUGGUUCGGAAAGCAAUCUUGGACCUUAAGCUCCAGGCUGAAGACAACUUUGUGCUCAAGGUGGUCCAGCUGGAAGAGCUCCUAGCCGUGAGGCACUCCGUGUUCGUGGUGGGUGGUGCUGGCACUGGCAAAUCACAGGUACUGAGGUCUUUGCACAAGACCUAUCAGGUCAUGAAACGUCGCCCGGUGUGGACUGACCUCAACCCCAAAGCUGUCACAAAUGAUGAACUCUUCGGCAUCAUCAAUCCGGCCACUCGAGAAUGGAAGGAUGGACUGUUCUCUUCCAUCAUGAGGGAGCUUGCCAACAUCUCCCAUGAUGGGCCCAAGUGGAUCUUAUUGGAUGGAGACAUAGACCCGAUGUGGAUUGAGUCUCUCAACACGGUCAUGGAUGAUAACAAGGUACUGACCCUAGCAAGCAACGAGAGGAUUCCCCUUAACCCCACAAUGAGGCUCCUUUUUGAGAUCAGCCACCUGCGCACAGCCACGCCAGCAACUGUCUCUAGAGCAGGGAUCCUGUACAUCAACCCUGCAGACCUGGGGUGGAACCCUCCAGUGAGCAGCUGGAUUGACCAGAGGGAGGUCCAGACUGAGAGAGCCAACCUGACCAUCUUGUUUGACAAAUACCUUCCUACCUGCUUGGACACCCUCAGAACCAGAUUUAAGAAGAUGAUUCCAGUCCCAGAGCAGAGCAUGGUCCAGAUGCUGUGCUACCUCCUCGAGUGCCUCCUGACCAAGGAGGACAUCCCCCCAGACUGCCCCAAGGAAUUGUACGAACUCUAUUUUGUGUUUGCUGCCAUCUGGGCUUUUGGCGGUGCCAUGGUCCAAGAUCAGCUUGUAGACUACCGGGCAGAGUUCAGCAAAUGGUGGCUGACUGAGUUCAAAACAGUCAAGUUUCCUUCCCAAGGAACUGUCUUUGACUACUACAUCGACCGGGAGACCAAGAAAUUUGAGCCCUGGGCCAAGCUCAUCCCCCAGUUUGAAUUUGACCCUGAGAUGCCUUUGCAGGCUUGUUUGGUACACACAAGCGAGACCAUCCGUGUGUGCUACUUCAUGGAGCGGCUUAUGGAGCUGCGGCGGCCGGUUAUGCUGGUCGGCUCUGCAGGCUCAGGCAAGUCCGUGCUGGUGGGGGCAAAACUGGCCAACCUCGAUCCUGAGAAACACCUGGUGAAAAAUGUGCCCUUCAACUACUAUACUACAUCAGCAAUGCUGCAGGCUGUUCUGGAGAAACCUCUAGAAAAGAAGGCGGGCAGGAAUUAUGGCCCUCCAGGCAACAGGAAGCUCAUAUAUUUCAUCGAUGAUAUGAACAUGCCCGAGGUGGAUGCCUAUGGAACAGUACAACCCCACACUAUCAUCAGGCAGCACCUAGACUAUGGCCACUGGUAUGAUCGGAACAAGCUGUCCCUAAAGGAGAUCAUAAACGUACAGUACAUCUCCUGUAUGAACCCCACUGCAGGCAGCUUUACCAUCAACCCAAGGCUUCAGCGUCACUUCAGUGUGUUUGUCCUCUCCUUCCCGGGGGCUGAUGCCCUCUCCUCCAUUUAUAGCACCAUCCUGACCCACCACCUGAAGCUUGGAAACUUCCCCAGCACCCUGCAGAAAUCCAUCCCUCCUCUGAUCAACCUGGCUAUCACCUUCCACCAGAAAAUCACCACCACGUUCCUGCCCACAGCAAUCAAAUUUCACUACAUCUUCAAUCUCAGAGAUUUUGCCAAUAUUUUCCAGGGCAUUCUCUUCUCCUCCGUGGAAUGUGUGAAGUCCACACAGGAUCUAGUAAAACUCUAUCUGCAUGAAUCAAAUCGGGUUUAUCGAGAUAAGAUGGUGGAAGAAAAGGAUCUCGAUCUUUUUGACAAAAUCCAAACAGACUUCCUCAAGAAAAAUUUUGAUGAUAUUGAAGAGAUGCUGCAGAAGACCCAAAGCCUGAACAUGUAUUGUCACUUUGCAAAUGGCAUUGGUGAGCCCAAAUACAUGCCCGUGCAAUCAUGGGAACUUCUGAGCCAGACUCUGGUGGAAGCCCUGGAGAGUCACAAUGAAGUCAAUGCUGUGAUGGACCUGGUUCUCUUUGAGGACGCUGUGCACCAUGUCUGUCACAUCAACCGAAUCCUGGAGUCCCCUCGAGGAAAUGCCCUGCUAGUUGGCGUAGGAGGGAGUGGUAAGCAGAGUCUGACGAGGCUGGCAGCUUUCAUCAGCUCCAUGGAUGUGUUCCAGAUCACCCUGCGCAAAGGUUACCAAAUCCCUGACUUCAAGGUGGACCUGGCCAGCUUGUGUCUGAAAGCUGGGGUGAAAAAUCUCAGCACGGUGUUUCUCAUGACUGAUGCCCACGUGGCUGACGAGAGGUUCCUGGUGCUUAUCAAUGAUCUCCUGGCAUCGGGUGAGAUCCCAGAUCUCUACUCUGAUGAUGAGGUGGAGAACAUUAUAAGCAAUGUAAGGAAUGAGGUCAAAAGCCAAGGUCUCAUCGACAGCAGAGAGAACUGCUGGAAGUUCUUCAUAGACAGAGUCCGGCGACAACUUAAGGUGACUCUCUGUUUCUCCCCUGUGGGGAACAAGCUGAGAAUUCGAAGCAGGAAGUUCCCAGCCAUUGUGAACUGUACCGCUAUCAACUGGUUCCAUGAGUGGCCUCAGCAGGCCCUGGAGUCUGUGAGCCUCCGCUUCUUGCAGAACACCAAGAACAUUGAGCCUGCAGUGAAGCAGUCAAUUAGCAAGUUCAUGGCCUUUGUACACACAAGUGUCAACAAGACAUCCCAGUCUUACCUGACCAAUGAGCAGCGUUACAACUACACAACCCCCAAGUCCUUUCUGGAGUUCAUCAGACUCUACCAGAGUUUACUGGACAGAAAUGGAAAAGAACUCCAGUCCAAGGUGGAGCGGCUGGAGAACGGGCUGCUGAAGCUGCACAGCACCUCAGGCCAGGUGGAUGAUCUGAAAGCCAAGCUUGCCACCCAGGAGGUGGAGCUGAGGCAGAAGAACGAAGAUGCAGACAAGCUAAUUCAGGUGGUGGGUGUGGAGACCACCAAGGUGAGCAGAGAGAAAGCCAUCGCAGAUGAGGAGGAGCAGAAGGUGGCCCUGAUCAUGCUGGAGGUGCAGCAGAAGCAGAGAGACUGUGAAGAGGACCUGGCUAAAGCUGAGCCUGCCCUUAUGGCAGCCCAGGCAGCCCUCAACACGCUCAACAAGACCAACCUGACAGAGCUGAAGACAUUUGGUUCCCCACCUCUGGCCGUCAGCAAUGUCAGUGCUGCAGUGAUGGUACUCAUGGCCCCAGGGGGCAAGGUGCCCAAGGACCGCAGCUGGAAGGCUGCCAAGAUCGCCAUGGCUAAGGUGGACAGCUUCCUGGAUUCCCUAAUCCACUUUGACAAGGAAAACAUUCAUGAGAAUUGCCUCAAAGCCAUCAGGCCCUAUCUGCAAGACCCUGCAUUCAACCCAGAGUUGGUGGCCACCAAGUCCUAUGCAGCUGCAGGCCUCUGCUCUUGGGUCAUAAACAUUGUGAGGUUCUACGAGGUCUUCUGUGAUGUGGAACCAAAGCGCCAGGCUUUGAACAAAGCCACCUCGGACCUCACAGCUGCCCAGGAGAAACUGGCAGCCAUCAAAGCCAAGAUCACUCACCUUAAUGAAAACCUGGCCAAGCUCACUGCCAAGUUUGAGAAAGCAACGGCAGAGAAACUCAAGUGUCAGCAAGAAGCGGAAGUGACCGCAGGCACCAUCUCCCUUGCAAACCGUCUGGUUGGAGGACUCGCUUCUGAAAACAUCAGGUGGGCCGAGGCUGUGCAGAACUUCAAACAGCAGGAAAGGACAUUAUGUGGAGACAUUCUUCUCACUACAGCUUUCGUCUCCUACUUGGGCUUCUUUACCAAAAAAUACCGAAAGAGCCUCAUGGAUGGGACCUGGAAACCCUAUCUGAGCCAGCUGAAAGUUCCCAUCCCAGCCACCUCCACUCUGGACCCCCUGAGGAUGCUGACUGAUGAUGCCGAUGUGGCUGCCUGGCAGAAUGAGGGCCUCCCUGCAGACCGCAUGUCCAUGGAGAAUGCCACCAUCCUCAUCAACUGUGAGCGCUGGCCGCUUAUGGUUGAUCCUCAACUGCAAGGCAUCAAGUGGAUCAAGAACAAAUAUGGAGAUGAACUCCGAGUCACCCAGAUAGGCCAGAAAGGCUGCCUUCAGACCAUAGAGCGUGCCCUGGAAGCUGGAGAUGUGGUGCUGAUUGAGAACCUCGAGGAAUCCAUUGAUCCUGUCCUGGGACCUCUGCUUGGGAGAGAAGUCAUUAAGAAAGGCCGAUUCAUUAAGAUCGGAGACAAAGAGUGUGAAUUCAAUCCCAAGUUCCGGUUCAUCCUUCACACCAAGCUGGCCAACCCUCACUACCAACCUGAACUGCAGGCUCAGGCUACGCUGAUCAACUUCACGGUGACCAGGGAUGGCCUGGAGGACCAGCUGCUGGCCGCUGUGGUCAGCAUGGAGAGACCAGACCUGGAGCAGCUGAAGUCGGACCUCACAAAGCAGCAGAACGGAUUCAAAAUCACCCUCAAAACCUUAGAGGACAACCUGCUGUCUCACCUCUCUUCCGCCUCGGGGAACUUCCUGGGAGAAACAGCCUUGGUGGAGAACCUGGAGGUCACCAAGCAGACUGCUGCGGAGGUGGAGGAUAAGGUUCAGGAAGCCAAAUUAACCGAAGUGAAAAUCAAUGAGGCUCGGGAGCACUAUCGGCCAGCAGCUGCCCGGGCAUCUCUGCUCUACUUCAUCAUGAACGACCUCAGCAGGAUCCACCCAAUGUACCAGUUCUCCCUCAAGGCCUUCAGCAUUGUCUUCCAGAAAGCUGUGGAGAAGGCAGCUCCCAGUGAAAGCGUCAAAGAGAGAGUGGCCAAUCUAAUAGACAGCAUAACCUUCUCAGUGUACCAGUACACCACGCGUGGCCUCUUCGAGUGUGACAAGCUGACCUACCUUGCCCAGCUCACCUUUCAGAUUCUCCUCGUCAACCAGGAAGUCAAUGCAGCAGAGUUAGACUUCUUGCUUCGGGCUCCAGUACAGACAGGAACCCCCAGCCCAAUGGAGUUCCUCUCCCACCAAGCCUGGGGAGGCAUCAAGGCCCUUUCAUCAAUGGAGGAAUUCUGCAAUCUGGAUCGAGACAUUGAAGGCUCUGCCAAAAGCUGGAAAAAGUUUGUGGAGUCCGAGUGUCCUGAGAAGGAGAAGUUCCCCCAGGACUGGAAGAACAAGUCAGCCUUGCAGCGCCUCUGCAUGAUGAGGGUCAUGAGGCCUGACCGGAUGACCUAUGCCAUGCGAGACUUUGUUGAGGAGAAGUUAGGAAGCAAAUAUGUAAUGGGAAGAGCACUCGAUUUUGUAGCCUCGUUUGAAGAGUCAGGACCAGCCACUCCCAUGUUUUUCAUCCUGUCUCCGGGGGUGGACCCACUGAAGGAUGUGGAAAACCACGGAAAGAAACUUGGAUAUACGUUCAACAAUCGGAACUUCCACAACGUGUCGCUGGGGCAAGGACAAGAGGUAGUUGCUGAGGCUGCACUGGACCUGGCAGCCAAGAAAGGUCACUGGGUUAUUCUACAGAACAUCCACCUGGUGGCCAAGUGGCUCGGUACCCUGGAGAAGAAGCUGGAGGAGCUCAGCAAGGAAAGUCACCCAGACUUCAGGGUCUUCAUCAGUGCUGAGCCUGCACCCUCCCCCGAUGGCCACAUCAUUCCCCAAGGCAUUCUGGAAAACUCUAUUAAGAUCACCAAUGAGCCCCCGACGGGCAUGCAUGCCAACUUGCACAAAGCCCUGGACAACUUCACUCAGGACACUCUGGAAAUGUGUUCCCGGGAGACGGAGUUCAAGAGCAUCCUCUUUGCUCUCUGUUACUUUCAUGCGGUGGUUGCCGAAAGACGGAAGUUCGGGCCGCAGGGAUGGAAUCGGUCCUACCCUUUUAACACAGGGGACCUCACCAUCUCUGUCAGUGUGCUCUACAAUUUCCUGGAGGCUAACACAAAGGUGCCCUAUGAUGAUUUGCGGUACCUGUUUGGUGAGAUCAUGUAUGGAGGCCAUAUCACAGAUGACUGGGACCGGAGACUCUGCAGGACCUAUCUGGAGGAAUUCAUUAGGCCAGAAAUGCUAGAAGGAGAGCUGUCCCUGGCCCCAGGGUUCCCAGUCCCAGGCAACAUGGACUACAGUGGUUAUCAUCAGUAUAUCGAUGCUGAGCUGCCCCCUGAGUCUCCCUACCUGUAUGGCCUCCACCCAAAUGCGGAGAUCGGCUUUCUCACCCAGACAUCGGAAAAGCUCUUCCGAACGGUGCUGGAGAUGCAGCCUCAGGACCACCAAGCUGGAGAUGGAGCCGGCAUUACAAGGGAAGAAAAGGUCAAGGCCCUUCUGGAAGAAAUAUUGGAUCGAGUGACAGAUGAGUUUAACAUCCCAGAGCUGAUGGCCAAGGUGGAGGAGCGCACACCCUACAUUGUGGUUGCCUUCCAGGAAUGUGAACGCAUGAACAUCCUUACCAGAGAAAUCCAGCGCUCACUAAGAGAGCUGCACCUCGGCUUACAGGGAGAGCUGACCAUGACCAGCGAGAUGGAAAACUUACAGAAUGCCCUGUACCUAGAUGUGGUUCCAGAAUCCUGGGCCAGGCGAGCCUACCCUUCCACGGCAGGCCUGGCGGCCUGGUUUCUGGACCUGCUUAACAGGAUCAAAGAGUUGGAGGCCUGGACAGGCGACUUCUCGAUGCCCUCAACUGUGUGGCUCACAGGCUUCUUCAACCCCCAGUCCUUCCUGACUGCCAUUAUGCAGUCCAUGGCCCGCAAGAAUGAAUGGCCACUAGACCAGAUGGCCCUGCAAUGUGACGUGACGAAGAAGAACAGAGAGGAGUUCCGGAGCCCCCCUCGGGAAGGGGCCUACAUCUAUGGCCUCUUCAUGGAAGGUGCCUGCUGGGACACACAGGCUGCGGUCAUCACAGAGGCAAAGCUGAAGGACCUGACACCCCCCAUGCCUGUGAUGUUCCUCAAGGCCAUCCCAGCAGAUAAGCAAGACUGCCGAAGUGCCUACGCUUGUCCUGUGUACAAGACUUGUCAGCGGGGACCCACCUACGUGUGGACUUUCAACCUGAAGACUAAAGAAAACCCGUCCAAGUGGGUGCUAGCCGGUGUCGCCUUGCUUCUCCAGAUUUAGCAUCUUGCAGAGCCCUUGGGAGAACAAAGGAGGGUGGCUGGCGGCUCCCUGAUAGGGAAGUAGGUGAGGGUAAUGGCAGAUUUUUAAUGAAGAAAUCAUAGGCUCCAACCUUCUGUAGAAUUUCUCUGGGGGACUUGGGGUGCCUGGAGUGAGGCUGAGAUGGAAAGUCGGCCCAGGAAUAAUGGGAGAACUCUGUAGUAGUGAGUUUUUACUAAUAAAAUGAUUUAUUCUUCAA